AUGCCGAUGCUCAUAGAGGAGCUGGAUGAGGAGCCGACAGACAGGAGUUACACUUUCCAUCAUCUUCCCGAUGCGAAGUUCAGCUCCUUCGGCUCCCCAGAGAUACAGCCCUUUUUUGACAAGUGGGGCUUUGGACCAGACAUGGCGAUGUGCACCUUCCGCGUGGAGCAGAAGGUCACAAGCGAGACUUUCCAGACCAUGUUGGACGCCUUUUUCAAAGACAGGGAGGUGCUCUCUGUUCUGCACUCGCAAACCGGCAUCCGGGUGCUGAGCCCGCCGAAGGUGAGUGUCAGAUGGCAGCCCAUGAGUACGAAGGUUGUCAGCAUGUCUUUCUUCAACAAGCUGGAGGAAGCUGGAUGUAUAGGUAGCUCAGGUCAUAUUCGUGGGCGGCUAGAGGAAGAUUGGGAAGAUGUCCCCAUGGUAAACCUCAUCAGAGAGGCAAUUCUGAUGGAAGAGAGUGAGCUUUACGACACAUUUUCCGAGCAAGACAGAAGAGAGUUCUUGUUUCGAAUUUUCCAGCACCUGAUCUUUGGUGGUGCCUCCAACCAGUACGAGGAUCACGUGGAGGACUAUUUCACGGCAACUAAGGCGGUGUACAAGGAUCUGCUAUCAGUUCGCCGCAGUGACACAGGCGAUGUCGAGGUGCUCUCGACUAUCGGCUCCAUUGUCUCCCUGGGUGAUGCUGGCUUCCUCUAUCCGAAGGAGAGUGUUCUGAACUUCUGCUACAUAAUCCACGAUCCU